GUUUCACGUGAUGGGAUUUUACCGGAAUUACCUUGCUACCGGCUUCCGGGAUGAUUUUCCGUCCGUCCGGCUCUGCGGACUCAAGGAGAGAAAGGACAAUCGGUUCCUCACUGUAACCAACUAAGGACCUAAAGGAUUCUUAACUAUUUGUACACAGGUCCACAUCCGCCUCCCCAUGCAGAACUCCAUGAAAUGAAUAAAGCACCACAGCCUAUAACAGGACCCCCCUCCACCCCCCGCCCUGCCCCCUCCCCUGGUCUGUCACAGCCUUCAUUCCCACCUGGGCAGCCCCCUUCUGUUGUGUUUGCUACCCCGCCUCCUCCACAAAUGAACCCAACACCACAGGCCCGACAGUUUGCCCCAGGGCCCCGAACCAUACACCAACAGGGAAGCUUCAGGUCGUUACAGCCCUUCUACCCCAACAGGGGCAGCCUGCCUCCCGGUAGUGGGCCUCGAGGUGUCCCUCCCAGCAAUGCCCCUCGCCCCGUGACGCCCACCCAUGUUUACCAGCCGGGCCCUGGCUCCCAAAUGAUGAUGAUCCCCGGGCAACAAUUAUCCUUCCCCAGCUCAGCACAAGCACCGGCCUACUUCAUACCAGGACAGUACCGGUCAGCUACCUACGUGGCCACAGCCCAGCAAUACCCAGGCACCGCAGGCUUCUACCCAGGCACCAGCCCAGCUGAAUAUGGUACUUAUGCAGGGGCCUACUAUCCCGCUCAGCCUCAGUUCACCCCCUCGGUGCAGGCGGCACCCGUCAUUAUGAAUCCUGCCCCUCAGCAGCAGCAACCACCACCUCAGCCUCCACAACACAUCCCCACCAAACGCGAACGCAAACAGAUCAGAAUAAGAGACCCUAACCAAGGAGGUCGAGACAUUACAGAGGAAAUAAUGUCAGGGGGCCGCAGUGGCUCCACCCCGACCCCACCACAGUCAGCCAUAUCUGGAUCAGAAAAUACAGCAGUGGUGCAGGCCAAUGGUGAGAGCAUCACAGCUGCUAACACAACGGCACUGGUCAGACCAGAUGACCGAGAUAAACCUACGCCUCCUCCUCUGUCAAAAACCCCCGAACCUUCAAAGGGUGACCCCAUCCCCACAGAGGCUUCGUCCUCUGACACGAACACUAAGCCCCCCAUACCCCCUCUAUUAUCAGAAGCAGAGGAUCACUCCCUCAACACCCUCACACCCAGUGCUCCUGUUGCAGAAGUGAUGGACGCUCCUCCAAGGGAACCCACUCCAACACCUCAAUCAGCACCUGAAGUGCCGGCUUACCCUGCACCCCUCCCUGACCCAGUCCCCACCUUAACCACACAGGACAAAACAGACACGAAAGCUGCAGAGGAGGAAGAAAUGGAGGAUGAAGAGGUGGAGACUAAAACAGAAGAGGCUGCUGCCUCUUUGGACAUAACUCUUGCACCUCUCUCCACCACUAACGGUGUUGCAGCGGUCGAGCCUGAAGAACUGUCCGUUGAGUUGCCACCCAGUCACCUGGAGGCUCCUCUAGACUCUCCUAUUGCGCAGCCCGAGGAGCUCCGCCUUCCCAACGGCCUGCCAAUCCCUGACCCGGAGGCCCCUGCUCUCUGUGCACCCGAGCGGGAUGACAGCCCCAUCGCCGAACCCGACGUCAGCCAGCAGCCUAUCAUAGAGACUUCCACAGCCAUCACCCUGGAAGCACCUCCACCUGUUGUCCAAGCCACAACUGAACCUGUUGACCAGCCCACACCUGAAGCUGCGGUCCAGGAGAUUCCCGAAGAGCUUGUCGUCCCAGCAGUGCCCGCCCAGGCUGAGGUAGAAGAAACAUCUCCUGCAGUCACUGAGGUUGAUAUAGAAGAUUCUCCGGUGCCCGAGACCACUGACAAGGAACAGAUGCCAUCACCUCCAGAACCGGUUUCCUUAGCUGAAAGUACGCCAGAAACCGUGCCCUCUCCUCCCCCUCCCACAGCUGAGGAGAAGGAGGACGUCCCCCCUCCCCAGACAGUUACCCCUGCCCUUGUAGAAACUACUAUGCAAGCUGCUGUGUCUGUGCCAAAGAAAAAGAGGAAAAUGAAGGAUCUGAACAAAAUGGAGGCAGUAGGAGACCUCCUAGAUGCCUUUAAAGAGGAGCAGGUUGUGGCUGUGCCAGAACCUGAGCCCACCCCAGCACCAGAGCCACAGCCCCCUGCUGCCGUUUCCCCUCCUGCCCCGGAGGAGGCAGACCUGACCUGGGAGGACAAGGAGGACAAGGAGGACAAGCUGGAUGCUGAGAACAUUCAGCCAGAUCCUCUCUCACCCAACGCCAACAACAAGAAGUACCAAUACAAAGACGAACAAUGGAAACCAAUUAAUCCCGAAGACAAGAAGCAUUACGACAGAGAGUUCCUUCUGGGUUUCCAGUUCAUGUCAGCCAGCAUGAACAAGCCUGAAGGUCUUCCAGCCAUCAGUGAUGUUGUCCUGGACAGGGCUAAUAAGAACCCUCUACGUCAACUCGAUCCCAGUCGUCUACCAGGAAUGAACUGUGGCCCUGACUUUACUCCCUCCUUUGCCAAUCUUGGCAGGCCUGGAAUGGGAGGAGGAAGCAGAGGACCACCUCCAGGUUUAGGAAUGGGAAUUCCCAGUUCACGCCGCUCCCAGCAGAUGCAGAGGAAAGAGCCAAGGAAAAUCAUCACCAGCAUGUCGAUGAGUGACGACGUGCAGCUGAACAAGGCGGAGAAGGCUUGGAAACCUUCAGUGAAGAAGGUCCGCGUCCGUGCAGUAGAGGAGCCGGAGGAGAGCGGAGGAGAGCAGCAGAAGACCCAGGAGCUGUUUAAACGAGUCCGCAGCAUCCUCAACAAACUGACCCCCCAAAAGUUUCAAGAGUUAAUGAAACAGGUGACUGAACUGACCAUUGACACUGAGGAGAGGUUGAAAGGAGUCAUCGAUCUCACCUUCGAAAAGGCCAUCUCUGAGCCAAACUUUUCAGUGGCCUAUGCCAACAUGUGUCGCUGCCUUAUGGGGCUUAAAGUCCAAACCCCAGAUAAGCCAGGAAUGAAUUUCCGCAAACUGCUGCUAAAUCGAUGCCAAAAGGAGUUUGAAAAGGACAAAGAUGAUGAUGAAAUCUUUGAGAAGAAACAGAAGGAGCUGGAGGCUGCAUCAGAGGACGGGUUAAAACAGCGGCUCAUGGAUGAGCUCAUGGUGGCUAAAGACCAGGCCAAGAGGCGCUCGCUGGGUAACAUCAAGUUCAUUGGAGAGCUGUUUAAGCUUAAAAUGCUCACAGAGGUCAUCAUGCAUGACUGCAUUGUAAAGCUGCUCAAGAACCACGACGAGGAGUCCUUGGAGUGCUUGUGUCGACUGUUAUCCACCAUUGGCAAGGACCUGGACUUUGAGAAGGCCAAGCCUCGUAUGGACCAGUAUUUCACUCAGAUGGAGAAAAUCAUAAAGGAGAGGAAAACUUCCUCUAGGAUCCGCUUCAUGUUGCAGGAUGUGUUGGACGUUCGACGGAACAACUGGGUGCCCCGACGAGGAGACCAGGGCCCCAAGACCAUCGACCAGAUCCACAAAGAGGCUGAGCUGGAGGAGCACAGGGAACAGAUGAAGGUUCAGCAAGUUCUCAUCUCCAAGAAAGAGUAUGGUGGAGGCCCAGGCGGCAGGAUGGGUGGAGGAGGUCCUGGGGGACGUGGGGGACCUCACACCCAAGGCCGUGGUGCUCCUCCCCAAGACGAUGGCUGGAACACGGUGCCCAUUUCCAAGAACCGACCUAUUGACACCUCUCGCCUUAGCAAAAUUACAAAGACUCCUGUUCUUGACUUAAACAAUCAGUUGCUUGCCCCAGGAGGUAAAGGCACAUGGGGCAGCUGGGGUAAGGGCAGCAGCGGUGGCACCAGUGCCAAACCUGCAGAUUCUGGCUCAGAGUCGGGCAGCCGUUCAACCACCAGCACUCUGAACAGGUUCUCAGCCCUGCAGCAACCUCUGUCCUCCUCAGGCUCCUCACAGGACUCAGACAGGCGAGUUCCUCAGAGGAACAGCUCGAGUCGAGAGCGCAGUGACCGCUUUGACCGCAGCGGUGACCGCUUCGAUAGACGAGACGACCGCCGAGACGAACGCGAUCGCAACCGGCUGCAGGUCACGAAAAGAAGUUUCAGUCGGGAGAAUGAGGAGCGGAGCCGUGAGCGAGAGCAGCGCGGUGCGGCCGAUCCUGUCCGCCGAGUGGCGAGUAUGACGGACGACAGAGACAGAGGCAGCAGAGAGAGAGCCAGGAGCAAAGACAACGUAGUGAAGCGGGAGAUGGCUCCCACUCCUCCACCUCCUCAGACCCCGACCAAGCCGGCCUUGACUGAGGAAGAGCUGGAAAAGAAGUCCACGGCCAUUAUCGAGGAAUACCUGCAUAUCAACGACUUGAAGGAGGCACUGCAGUGUGUGCAGGAGAUGAACAGCACUCAGCUGCUCUUCGUUUUUGUACGAAACGGGCUGGAGUCCACGUUGGAGCGCAGCACCAUCGCCAGGGAGCACAUGGGCCUGCUGCUUCAACAGCUCAUAAAGACCGACGUCCUGCCAACACAGCAGUACUUUAAAGGGCUUCAGGAAAUCCUCGAGGUGGCUGAAGACAUGGCCAUUGACAUCCCGCACAUCUGGCUGUACCUGGGAGAGCUGAUCACGCCCAUGCUCCAUGAGGGAGGUGUCCCCAUGGCAGAGCUUUUCAGGGCGGUUUCAAAGCCUUUGAUUCCUCAUGGGAAAGCUGGAGUCCUGCUGGUCCACAUCCUCAACUUACUCUGCAAAGGAAUGAGCCAUAAAAAGGCCGGCACUAUGUGGAGAGAGGCAGGCCUCAGAUGGAAGGACUUCCUGCCCGAGGAUGUAGACGUCAACACGUUUGUGACAGAAAAGAAUGUGGAGUUCACACUCGGUGACGAGUCGGAGAGAAGCAAAAAGGAGCUGACCUCUGCAGAACUGAGCAAACAGCUGGACAGACUGAUCCAGGACAAGGCGGACAACCAGAGGAUCUUUGACUGGGUUGAGGCAAACCUCGACGAGCAGCAGAUCUCCUCCAACAUGUUUGUCCGAGCGCUGAUGAGCUGCAUCUGCCAGGCAGCCGUCAUCUGUGAGAACCCUUACAAACUGGACUGUGAGCUGAUCAAACAGAGAGCCAAGGUCCUGCUGAAGUAUGUGAAUGACGAGCACAAGGAGCUGCAGGCGCUCUAUGCUCUGCAGGCCCUCAUGGUGGAACUGGAGCAACCUGCCAACCUCCUGCGGAUUUUCUUUGACACCCUUUAUGACGAGGACGUGAUCAAAGAGGAGGCCUUCUACAAGUGGGAGACGAGCAAAGACAUCGCCGAGCAGCAGGGCAAGGGCGUGGCCCUCAAGUCUGUCACCGCCUUCUUUACUUGGCUCCGCGAGGCCGAGGAUGAGUCCGACAACAACAGUUAGGCCCCUGGGCCACUGGGGGGCAGUGGUGGCAGUUCAAAGAGGUUCUGUUGGGGUGUGUGUGUGUGUGUGUGGGGGGGGGGGGGGGGGGUGAAUGUUAUGUGGAUGAUUCAGAAGAUUCUGAAUCAGCAAAAACCUUCUGCAUAAACAGAAAAAAAAAAAAAAAACAAGAAAAAAUUCUUCAACUGGGAGAGAUUGUAUUAUGGAUCGAACAUUCGAUCAUGUUAUUUUUUUGUUACGUUUUUUUUGCAACUGAAUGUCUUUUUUUGAACUAAACAGGAUUAAAUAGAGAGGAAAGAUAUAAGAGAGAGAGAGAGAUGAUGUGGAGAGGUUACAAGCCGUGGGAGACGAUGCUGUUUCUUCAGUGUUUGGGGUUUUUUUGAGGUUCAAAUGGCUUCUCCUCACCAUGGCAACACUAUUCAAGACACUUUGCUUAAUGACAGAUGUUAUAAGAGGCUGUUCACAUCUAUAUUUUUGAUGACUUCAUUUUUUUACCAUGUAGACAUGAAGGAGAGACGUUGUCAUGUCGCAUGUGCGGUGUUUGAUCUACAUGCUGCGCUAAUGUAGAUGUUAGCUUUCUGUUUGUUUUUCCAGUGUUGGAUGAUUGGCGUGUGUUUUAUAAUAAAAUAGAAAACUACAAAGAGAAGCGGCCAGAGUCGUCUGAUGGACAUUUCAGAAAGGACUUACACCAACGGUUGUGGACUGUAAUAGACGUUGGACUCUUUGAGGGCGGUGUCACUAAGGAGAGGGCCAAUGAACAGUGACUGUUUUGCUGCUGGGAGGGGGGCAGUCAUGUUUCCAUGAUGCCCCUCAGUCCCACCCAAAAAAAAGAAGAAAAACCCACCUUCCCUCCCCAUCAUGUGUCUGUUUUAUUGUUUCCUGCAAUUUAAAAAAAAAAAAAAAAAAAACCCUCCACAAACUGGACUGAGAAAAGGAGGAGAGCGCGACGCCUCACAGCCGAGCUGGUGAAGGACUGAACGAGACAAAAACAAUCCACUAAUAACAAAUGACUUUAAAAACAAGUAGAGUUUAACGAUACCCAUUCUAAAGCCUUUUCCUGCUUCCAUGAGAGUUUCUGUAAAUAUCUAAAGGAGAAGACGAUGAUGUUAUUUCCCACACCGCUGAAAUCACCAGAGUUCUGUUUCCCCCUCCUGUAUUUAUAUUUGUCUCUCCUCAGCUGGCAGAAGGUGCUUGUAAUUAUCCACCCCACGUCAUUGAUUACAGAUUAAUGAACAUUUGUAAAUAUUUUUCCUUUUCUUUAUUAAAAAAAGAUAUUUAAUUAAAGAAAAUUAAUGCCUCUUUUCACAUCCAAAACUGGAAGAGUUAAUAAAGAUCAUUGCAAAUAAAAAUAAAAAAAACCCUC